CUCCGCUAAUAUUGUGUAUGCCUUGAUAAAUACUUCGGUGAGGAGUGGAAGAAAGAAUUUAUUAGUUAAAAUGAAUAUAAGAUUGUUGAUUACUUUCUUUGGGACGAUACUUUUAUUGCCAGAAUGCAGACUUACUCCCAUUAUGGGCGAUAAUCGAUUUUAUUCUGCUUCAUUACAUAAGUAUAAAGUUGUCUGUUAUCUCGGAAGUUGGGCCAAUUAUAGACCGGGAUUAGGAAAAUUUACUAUUGAGGAUAUUGAUCCUCACAUAUGUACUCAUCUUAUUUUUGGUUUCGCCGGAUUGGGUUUUGAUAAUCGAAUUAGAAGUCUGGAUCCUUAUCUUGAUCUAAAAGAGAAUUAUGGAAAAGGAGCCUUUCAGCGAUUUACAGGUUUAAAACAACAUAACCCCGAAUUAAAAACGCUCCUCGCUAUUGGCGGAUGGAAUGAGGGCUCAGUUAAGUAUUCCAAAAUGGCUUCAGAUAGUUCCACCAGGAAGAUUUUUAUCGACAGUUGUGUACAACUCCUCAAGAAAUACGAUUUUGACGGUUUAGAUCUUGAUUGGGAAUAUCCUGCUAACAGAGGAGGAAAACCGGAAGAUAAAGCCAAUUUCGUAGCAUUGUUAAGAGAAAUGAAACAAGAAUUUAAUAAGCAUGGUUUGCUACUUACGGCAGCUGUUAGUGCAGGAAAACAUACUAUAGAUAGUGCUUAUGAUAUACCUCAAGUAUCUCAGUAUUUAGAUCUCAUUAAUAUUAUGUGCUACGAUUAUCAUGGCGGAUGGGAAACAUUCACUGGCCACCACGCUGGUUUAUACGCAAGACCUGAUGAAACCCCUGGAAAUAGUACUCUUAAUCUGAAUUUUUCCGUUAAUUAUUGGAUAUCUCAUGGAGCACCACGUGAGAAAAUUAUUUUGGGGAUGGGUCUUUACGGAAGAUCUUUUACUUUAAGAAGAGCAGAAAAUAAUGGUUUAUUUCAAGAUGCUCCUCAAAGAGGUCCAGCUGGCCCCUAUACGAGAGAAUCUGGCUCUUUGGGAUAUAAUGAGAUUUGUGAAAAACAACAAAGAGAAAAAUGGACUGUAGUUCGUGAUCCUUACUACAUGGCUCCUUAUGCAUUUCGUGAACGGGAAUGGGUUGGUUAUGACGACAUUGAAAGUAUCACGUUGAAGGUUGAAUAUGCCAAAAAUAUGAAACUUGGAGGGGGAAUGGUUUGGUCUAUAGAAACUGAUGAUUUCCAAGGACUAUGUCAUGGGCAAAAAUACCCUUUAUUAACAGCUAUUAACAAAGCUUUUGAAAGAGAAACGCAACCGAUGCCACUACCACCGACAACACAACCACCAACUUCUACUGUUCCUAUGGAUACUUCUACUACAACUGAUAAACCAUCUUCAAGCACUACUGAAAAACCCUCCUCUAGUACUACUGAAAAACCAUCCACUAGUACUACAGUAAUGUCUUCAACAAGUACUACUGAAAUGCCUUCCACAAGUACUACAGUAAAACCAGAUACUUUUGAUGGUGUAAAUUUUACAUGCAGAUCUGAAGGCUUACAUGCGGAUCCAGUAUUAUGUAAUGUUUUCUAUUCGUGCGUAGGUAUUGGAAACGGCAAUUUUACAGUAUAUAAAUUUGUAUGUCCAUCCGCAACUGUUUUCUCAACGGCAUCCAAGACAUGUGUCUUUCCAGCGGAGGGUAGUCCCAAAUGUAGACUUUACAUUUUGCAAAAAUAUGCAUUUUUAAGACCUUAUUACGAAACAUCUAUAGUGACUCGUAAAGAAAAUCCUUGCCAUAAUGGUGCUUUUUGUUAUGAUAGAAGUGAUGGAUUUGAAUGGCACUGUAAACUCGACAUUGCUAUAGUGACUCGUAAAGAAAAUCCUUGCCAUAAUGGUGCUUUUUGUUAUGAUAGAAGUGAUGGAUUUGAAUGGCACUGUAAACUCGACAUUGGUAAGGACAUAUUGAAUUAUUAUUAUAGGACUUUAUCUAGAACAGUUGUUUCCUCUAUUCUCAAGAUCGGAUGGUCUCAUGAUACUAACUUUCCUUUAAAAUUCAAAUUAAUAGGCCUGCAGAUACUUGUUUCACUUAACGUUAUAAUGAAAUCAUUAAAGUUAUCAAUCCUUUUAUUAAUUAGCAUAUUUGUUUUAACUCUAUCAAAAGCUCCUUCUAGAGACAGAAAUAAGAAACCGUAUAAAGUCGUUUGUUACUAUGGAAGUUGGGCAACAUAUCGUCCAGGAGAAGGAAAAUUUCCAAUUGAAUUUAUAGAUCCUUAUAUCUGUACCCAUCUCGUUUAUGGAUUCGCAGGUUUAGCCUUCGAUAAUACAAUUAGAAGUUUGGAUUCUUACUUGGAUCUAGAGGAACAUUAUGGAAGAGGUGCUUUUAAACAAUUUAAUCAAUUGAAAAAGCAGAAUCCAGAAUUGACAACUAUUUUAGCUAUUGGAGGAUGGAACGAAGGAUCUAUAAAAUAUUCCGCCAUGGCAAAAGAUGCAGGAAAAAGAAAGAUAUUUAUCGAUAGUUGUGUAAAAUUUUUAUUAGAACAUGAUUUUGACGGAUUAGAUAUGGACUGGGAAUAUCCUGCAAAUCGUGGAGGCGUUCCUGAAGAUAAACAGAAUUUUGUUCUAUUGUUGAAGGAAAUGAGAGAAGCUUUCGAUGAACACGGUCUUCUCAUUACUGCUGCAGUAUCAGCAGGAAAAGGUACAAUAGAUACAGCUUAUGAUAUUCCUAAAAUCUCACAAUAUUUAGAUAUUAUAAACUUGAUGGCUUAUGAUUAUCACGGUGCUUGGGAGUCUGUAACUGGUUUAAAUGCGCCUCUUUAUGCUCGACCUGAUGAACAGGGAGAUGAAUUAUUUCUCAACGUGAAUUUUUCUGUAAAUUAUUGGAUAAAUCAAGGAGCUUCUCCCAAACAAAUUGUUCUCGGAAUGGGUCUUUACGGUAGAGCUUUUACUUUACAAAAUUCUGACAACAAUGGUUUAGGAGCACCAUCAACGGGUCCUGCUACAGCAGGACCGUAUACCAGAGAACCAGGAACCCUUGGAUAUAACGAAAUCUGUGAUUUUUUGAAAGGUGGAGAUUGGAAAGUAGUGGUUGAUCCACAUCAGAAAUCUCCUUAUGCUUUUAAAGGAAACCAAUGGGUUGGAUACGACGACAUCGAAAGUAUAACAAUAAAAGUAAAAUAUGCUUUAGAGAAAAAUUUAGGAGGAGGAAUGGUUUGGUCAAUAGAAACAGAUGAUUUCUUAGGUAGAUGUCACGGCCAGAAAUUCCCAUUAUUAACAAAAAUUCAUGAAUUACUGAAUGGAGAAAUUAAACGACCACCAACAACUCCUCCUCCCCCUACAACAACUCGCGAUCCCAAUUUACCAACACCUCAACCUAUGGAAUGUAAAGCGGCUGGACAUUUCCCUCAUCCUGAAGAUUGCACUAAAUUUUAUGCAUGCGUUCCAGCAGAUAAAGGAUUUGAUAUUGUUAUUUACAGUUGCCCUGAUGGAACAGCCUUCGAUAAAAUGGCUGGUUCUUGUACAUGGAAAAAGAACGUCAUUGAUUGUUAAAUUUUCAAAAUUAGAUUAAAAAUGUAAAUAAAUAUUUUAUGUGAA